AAUUAUGAAGCCGGUCGACUUCGCCCUCUGAUAGUGAUUCUGAUUUUAAAGUAAUCGGUAAUUUUUUACGAAAAUGAUUUAUGUUAAAUUAAAGAAUUGUAAAUAAAAGAUAUAUAUAAUAAUGCCUUUAACAGCGGAAAUUGCUGCACAACAAAUACAGGAGCGCCUCAAGGACUUGCAACGUUUAAUACAUUUAAUUGAUGAUGAACGUCGCCGUUCUGAAGCAAAUAUAAGCAGUUUAAAUAGGGCUCACCAUAGUAAUUUACCCGUUCAAAAGAUUAAAAAUUUACAUAAAACUUGUUUACAAGAUGCUUCUGUCGAAGAAGAUAGCAUUCGAAAAGCUCUAGAAAAAAUACAGGAAAUUCGAAAUAUAAGAAAUGAACGCCGGAUACAAGCUCGUAACGCUGGAAAUAAAGAAGCUAUUAGAAGAGGAGCUCUUAUGAAAAUGGUGCAGAUAUCAGCGCAGACUCUGCCAUUAUUCGUGAGCAAACCGGGGGAAAAAGUACCACCUCUUUGUGGUGCUAUUCCAGCUGAAAGCCACUACAUAGCUAAAGUUGGAGAUAAUGUAGCUGCACUAGUGAAAGGUGUGGAAGAUGAAGAAAAUUGGAUACUGGCAGAGGUAGUGCAAUUUCUGAACAGACAAAAUAAGUAUGAUGUUGUAGAUAUUGAUGAAGAACAAAAAGAUAGACACGUUUUAAGUAAAAGAAAAGUUAUACCAUUGCCUUUGAUGAGAGCUAAUCCUGAAACAGAUGGACAUGCACUUUUUCCAAAAGACACUGUUGUUAUGGCACUAUAUCCCCAAACUACAUGUUUUUAUAAGGCCAUCAUUCACAGAUUACCUCAAACGGCUACUGAAGAUUACGAAGUGUUAUUUGAGGAUUCCUCGUACACAAAUGGUUAUGCAGAACCCCUACCCGUGGCACAACGUUAUGUUAUAGCUUAUAAACCUACAAAAAAAAUCGCAGGUACUGCUAGUGGAGGAAGUGGUAGUGUUUCUUCGGCGUAAAUUUAAGAAGUAUAUACAUUUAUUCAAAUAUAAUCGAAUAAACAAUUUAAUUCUUAGCCUA